AUCCCCUUCCAGUUUCUUCCUUAGACGCGAUGUUCAAUAUUUUCCGAUGGACGUCCAAGAGCUUAACCAGGACGAUGGCCACUGCAGCUCAGACGGUUUCUAAACCGUAUCCAUUUUCCAAAACGGCCAUUAUUCUCCCAGAACCUUACGUUUCACCUCCACUGCCUCUCGUCCAAGGCAAAGGGCUAAUGCCCUACCUCCAAAAAAAUCUCACAACACCGGAGAAACAAACUAUGCUUCGAGAAUUAUUCGGCAGACACUCGGCGAAACGGAUUUAUCCUGGCUCCAUCGUCGGUGUUACGCUUGAGCAUGCGCCUUUCGCCUUUACAGGCGUUGUGCUCGCUAUAAGGCGGCGUGGUAUCGACACAUCGAUGGUCCUGCGAAAUGUCAUCCAGAGGACGGGUGUGGAGAUGCAACUGUUCGUGAAUUCGCCUCAUGUGAAGACAAUCAAAGUGGUCCAGAAACCACCGAAGGGAAGGAUGAAGAGGGCAAAGCUUUUCUAUUUGAGGCAUUCGCCAGAGAAAAUGAGUGCUUUAGCUGGGUCGAAGAAGGGAACAAUCGCAUGACACAGCAAUUGGUGGUCUGAACAUUACCGUACUGAAUUCCGGAUACGUUCAUAUAAUUCUAUCUUGGUGCUAUUCGACGUCUCCGAAAUUAUUGUCUUUCACGCGUUCAGAGUCUUCGGGAAAUAUAGCUUAUAUGACUGGUUGUGUUCGGGAUUUUAAUGCUGCUAAUCUAUGCGUGGCUUGUGCGACUAAUCCUACGAGUUUUGUUGUCAGUCGUACUGCUACUCUCUUUAGCUCUAUCAAUAUAUGAAUCAUAAUGAGCUUGCAAAAGUACUUUUUGUAACGAGUUGUAUAUCUAAGCACAUUUACUUUGAGUCGGG